GUCAACUGUCAUUACAAAUCUAUUCACAAAUUUGGCAACAAGAUGAUAAAUACGAGGAUAGUGUCUCGAUUUUUUAACUUAAAAUCACUAAAAUACAUUCAUUGUAGAUGUUCUAGUCGUGCUUUGUCUACAUUUAAGUAUUCUGACCACAAUGGUGGUCAUAGUUUUCGCAAUGGACACUAUUUUGGCGGCAUUCUCGCUGUUGCUGCAGGAGUAUGUAGUUAUGUGAGCUUAAAGGAAAGGAUAGAAGCUGCUACUAUAAGUUUAGAUGGUAGGCGUGAGAAGUAUAACUUCAUAGCUGAUGUCGUGGCCGUAUCUGCCCCGUCGGUCGUGUAUAUAGAAAUCCAGGACAGCAGACGUUUAGACUUGUUUUCUGGGAAACCUAUUACCAUUUCGAACGGUUCUGGUUUUAUAGUGAACCCAGAUGGGUUGAUAUUGACGAACGCUCACGUUGUUGUAAAUAAACCGAAUGCUGUGGUCCAUGUACGGCUUAUGGAUGGAUCCACCCACAUAGGACUUCUAGAAGAUGUAGAUAUGAAAUCAGACCUGGCAACACUGAGGAUACCAGUGAAUAACUUGCCAACAAUGAAAUUGGGGUCUUCCGCUGAUUUACGGCCUGGCGAGUGGGUGGUAGCGAUGGGUAGUCCUUUAGCGUUAAGUAACACAGUGACAGCAGGAGUUGUUAGCUCUACGCAUAGAGCCAGCAAGGAGUUGGGAUUACAAGGUAAAGACAUGGUGUACAUACAGACAGACGCGCCAAUCACCUUCGGUAACAGCGGCGGGCCGUUGGUAAAUUUGGACGGGGAAGCGAUAGGCAUUAAUAGUAUGAAAGUCACGUCUGGCAUAUCUUUUGCUAUUCCAAUUGAUUAUGUAAAGGAGUUUUUGGCUAAACGCAAAACUAAAUCACCUCAAGUAUCAAGGCGAUACUUGGGUAUCACGAUGUUGUCUUUGACGCCGAAUAUUCUCAUGGAAUUACGGAUGAGGAACCCAGAGAUGCCUUCAGACAUCCAACAUGGUAUCCUUGUAUGGAAGGUCAUAAUUGGAUCUCCAGCUUAUAACGGCGGUCUCCAGCCAGGUGACAUAGUGACGCAUAUAAACGGUACGCCGGUGACAAGCGCUACCGAUUUAUACUCUGUGCUAGAAAAUUCGAGCGGCAAAUUGACAAUGCAAAUUGUUAGAGGAAGAUUACGGACCACUAUUGUUAUUGCGCCUGAAAUUCAUUAAAUGAUUUGUAAAUUGUU